AUGGCAGAUUGAAUUGAAAAGAACUGACAGGAGCUAACUCCUCAUGAAAAAAAUCAAGCCCUUGUAAUGAACUGGAAAAGGGCCAAGAGAAUGCUUUUAGGGUUAUCAGGAGGGGGAACUUUGUGCGUAUUAUGGAUUAAAGGAAAUUUCAUUGGGAGCCAGAAUAAAUACUCAAGGUAUUUUCUAUGGUCCAUUCCAAUCUUUAUGGUCUAUGGCUGUGACUAUCCUUUUAGAGCUGAAUACAAUAAGCUCUGCGAAGCUAUUAAGGAAAACCAUCAAGAUAAAAUUGAGGACUAA